UCUGUUGCGUGUUGAAUUAUAGCUUUUAAUGUAUGUACUUUGAUGAGACACAAUGGAUAGUAAGCAAAAAGAAAUGGACAAAGACGAAAGUCCUUCAUCCUCAGCAACAAAGAAAGAGGAAACUCGGACACCUUCUUUUCGGUCUUCAAUUCCGCGGUGUGCUGACGAUGCACCAGCAUUUUCUCGUACCUCUUUCGGUAUAUCGAAUGAAAAUGAGCUACCGAGGAAUACUUGUUUCUGGACCAUUAAUGUGAUCGAUAAAUUUGGUAUCAGGAGGGUGCUGUCAAACCCAUUCAAACUGAUUUAUCAAGAAUGGUGGCCGUUGAGACUAACUAAAGUUGAAUUAGCUAGAAUUGAGGAAAUUGCUGACAUAUGCUAUUUGCCCUGGAUUAAUUUCAAUUCAUUGGAGGACAUACCCUUUCAAGUGAAUAUGCCUUUUGAAAAGUUUGGAAAUGAGUGGUUCCCGGCAGUAGAAUGUGCUGAACUGAAAUUGUUCAGUAAAAAUCUUCAGACAUUCAGAUUUCAUCUUUUUGAUGUAAUUCAGCAGCUUCACACACAAAAGAAAAGAGAGAGCAUGGAGCCAUGUGGAAUUGAGUAUCAUAUUCUUUUUGAGAAAUUUCUUGGAUUAUUUGAAUUCAGAGCAAAAUCACAGCCACAAUUUCCAAGAGGUCUGGCAAAAAUAUUUGAUCAAGAGAUAUCUUCAAAAGCUGAUCUUCUUUGUUUGAAAAGUGAUGAACCAAAGACGAUAUUAUUUCUCUGUAAGCAUGGUGAGGUGAAAAGAAAAUGCAGUUCAGAUGAAGCAGGAUACUCUCCUGCUAGGAAAAAGCUUUGUUCCACAACAGGACAUGUUACAGUAACCAAGGAAGCAACUUCUAGCACAAAUGUUGACAUUGGUAUGCCAUCAGAUUUGUAUGCCCAGCAUGUUGGUGAACUGCUUGCACAUAUGGACAGUUCUGUGAUGAAUCGUGGUCUACUUGGAAUGGUCAUUCAAAAGACAAAUGUAAUAUUCACCUACCUUGAGAUUGAACAACAGAGCUAUGAAAAAAUGAGAAAAAGAAAAGAACCAGGGUCUGAUUUUGAUCAAACAUUACAAAAGAAUCCUGUAUUAUAUUACACAGAUCAGUAUAACUUCUUGAAAAGGGAUGAUCGUCAUGAAAUUUUCAAAGCGCUAGUUGCUGUGAAAAUGAUGGAAAUGAAAAUUAGUAACAAAUAAAGAAAAGAGUUUAUUCAUUA